UCCAAGGAGUUGGCAACGCGUUGACUGUCAAAAUAUUCUUGUUUUUGUUUGCAAAUCGCAGCAAAAUAUUAAAGGCGUAGAAUUUCACAACUCUAUAUCAUAUAAACAGUAAUUUUGAUAUAUCAAAAUAAUGUCUUUAACUCGUGCAUCUAAAUUGCUCCAAUCUAGAUUGACACGUAUUCAAAGUGUCCCAACAGUAUUUUAUCAUGAAAACGUUGUGGAACAUUAUGAGAACCCAAGAAAUGUAGGCUCACUUGACAAGAAAGAUCAAAGGGUGGGUACAGGUUUAGUUGGUGCGCCAGCUUGCGGCGAUGUCAUGAAGCUUCAAAUCAAAGUUGAUGAAAAUGGUAAAAUUAUCGAUGCAAAAUUUAAAACCUUUGGUUGUGGUUCAGCAAUUGCUAGUAGUUCUUUAGCAACAGAAUGGGUAAAAGGCAAAACUAUUGAUGAAGCCGGAAAAUUAAAGAAUACCGACAUAGCUAAAGAGUUAUGUCUUCCCCCAGUAAAAUUGCAUUGUUCUAUGCUUGCUGAGGACGCUAUAAAAGCAGCACUUGCCGAUUAUAAAAUAAAACAACAAAAGAAUGAUUAAAAAUUUAAUCAAAAAUGUUAUUAACGAAUUAGUUGUAGUUUACGAGCGUUAAAUGGAAGAUAAACAUUUAAGGGCUGAGAUUAUCAGAACUGCAUCUUCCGGCUUUUGUUAUGCUUUAAAUACUUAUAACAAUGCAUAAAAUUGUAUCCUUAUGAAAUGUUGCACCAUGGAAGUCAGCUUUAAUUUGGGAACUGUAAUAGAGUAUAAUCGUAUGCAAGUUGAAAUAGAAAUAUGUCUAUGUUGAAAAUAUGUGAUGGAAUGAGAAACUAUAUUUAAAUACUAAGAUUAUUACACAAUAAACGUAUCGAAAUAAAUUUAUUUCUUCAAUUUAA